AUGGGUGGUAGCUCAGAAAACCGUCCUGACGGCCGUGCUCCUAGCAACAAUCAACCACGGCUAUCGUCUGGUGGGAGGCUGGUUUAUAACUUUAAAGCGGACACGCAAUUUUGGAAACUGUUUGGCAAGGGUCUUACCAGGUUUUUCGUCUCGUUAACUCUUGCCAUAACUCUUCUUGUUGUCAUAUGGCGCUUCUCGAAAAAGGGCGCUAUGGAUUCGCAAUCUAACAAACUCUUCAACGCGAUCUCGUUGGGGCUUUCGCUGGCCCUAAGUCUCAAUAUCUUCCAUGCAUUUAAAGCUAUGAUCAUUGACCUGCGAUGGUUUAUUCUCAGCCGCCAGGCGAGAACACUCUCAGAGGUGGAUAAGAUUCUUCGCGCGGAAAAUUUCAUCAUCCAACUUCGACUGUUAGGAUCCACUAUUAGGAAAGGUUUUCUAAGAACACGUAGAUCAUGGGAUUGGGGGUUGAUUGGAGUCUGUCUUGUGCUUUUGCUCGCCACCGUUAGUGUCCAGGCUGCCAUUGCUAUGAUUGGGAUAAACUUUUACGUCGGGGUUAAUGAGGAAUCUGCCUUUCUGAAACCCGGCACAGUAUUGGUUGCUGACCUGAGCGCGAUAUACCCAUUGGUAUAUGAAAUUCCACCCAGCUCAUUAGCUGCUCAACAGUUUGCAGCCAAUAGCCUAGGAAACGGAGCACUGCGGUUACAUCAUGGCCUUGUCAGCGUAGUACCAGAGCCUGGAAGCUAUUGGAACAUCGGCGCAGAUUUCUUUGAAGCAGAUGACCACAUGAGUUGGGUGUUUGUGUUUCUCGAAUCCUCAACGACGGUAGGCAUUGGUCCUACUUCCUCCGUAUACACUGAUAGGAGUAUCAACUCAACGGGGAGUUGCCACAGUUGGCCAGUUAUUGAAGGAGGAAACGGUACUGUGGCCAAUUUAACAGUGCAGCAAAACCCCAUUGGCGAGGCCACUAAUAUCACAUUGCCAAACAUUGGCGGCCCAGAUCAGACGACUUAUUUCACUGUUCCUACAGCAGUCUGCGGACCCGGAUGCAGUAUUAUUGAAGCCUUUGAAGCAUCGUCAACCGAGCCGUGGUACUACAGCUGCAACAUAACUAUUGGAUCCGUUGUCAAUGGAACGCUUCCAGAACAUGAAGUUGGUUACCCCUUUCGACAAAUGGCAUCAGCGAGCAUCGCCUUGCAGGGUUACGGGUUGACGUUCAAAUCCCCAGGUGCCACGCAAUUCCAAGUUUACCCAGCAGAAUCGCCUUUCGGUGCACCACAAAUUGGUAGUUUGAGCGGAAUGGGCACGUUGAUAUCACGGUUCGCAAUUGGCGUCAUCGCAAUGUCGGCGCUCUACCCCGGACCUAACAACACCCUGGAGAUUCCAGGUAAUGAGCCUAUUAUGGGGACUGUUCUUAACGUCAACUGGAAGUAUAUCUGGUUGAUUACAGCGUUGAUCUUGAGUGCGCAAGGCAUAAGCUUCAUACUGACUGCAUUUUGGGCUAACAGGGUGAUUGUAAAGGACGAGAGUCCUCUAGCAGUGGCAAGUCUCCUGAAUCCGAUUAUUGAGAGACUCGGCGGGCAUGGAACCGCAGCAAGCGGGCGUCAGAUUUGCAAUGAGAACAGCAACAACAUCACGCAAGCAUUUGAGCCUCCCCAUCAAGAAACCAUGGGCAAGAUGACCCUAGCCCACAAAAGCACCAGCUCCUGGAAGCGGGACAUCACUCUCCUGACCUGCAUCUUGCGGCUCCAUUGCCAGCCCUCUGUCACAUACGAAGCAAUCGCCAACUUCAUCCUCAAAACAUGGCCGAAUGCAAUGCAAAGACUCGCCGAACAGUCAUUCCCCGGUUAUCCGAGAGAGCUCUUUAAGUCUGCCAGUUCAAUGAAAGCCUGGAUGCCGGGAUAUAUAUCUCAACUAUUCCAGGCAGCCGAGGAGAAUCGAUCAGAACUUUGGAAUAUGGCUAGGGGUUACGAUGGAGACAUUGUACGUGUCAUUUUGGGCCUUGUGGGAUUGGGUUGUGAGGGAUAUCAGGUUGUAGACCAGCAGGAAAUGAAUAUGCAGAUUCAGUGGAGGAUGGAGGGGGAUUGGAGGGCUGGAUCAGUGCCACUUGAUCCUCUUCCGAAACUGAAGCCGAGGAAGAGCGUACAUGUAUCCGGCAGACAGGUCGGUGGCUGCGCAGAUCGAGGAGAUUAUAUCAGCUCGCUUUCUUGGGUUGAUAUUUCUCCAGCGCAGAUAGCGCCAAUCUCAUAUACAUUCGCUCGCUCCCAUAAAGGCCCGGCUAUCGCCAGUUCUGCUGCCCCGUCUCCACCAGUGCCAUUCCUCCAUACCAACAGUGCCCAACCGAACAAGACAAAGCCUCAUUUCCCCCGCCGAUAUAGCCUCUCGUUGCGUGUCUCUUUGACGUCCCUCGAUCUUCCGUCGCAUACGCUGGUCGCGCAUUUUUUGACGUCGUUUACUUCUGCUGUUACCAUCACACCACACCGAGAGCCAUACAGAUUGGAUAGAUACUACGACGAACUCAAAGGACCGAUAGUCGCACCUCCUAGCAUCAUGGCAGAUCUUGCGGGAAGGAAGGUCUUCAAGGUCUUCAACCAGGACUUUAUCGUUGAUGAGAGAUACACGGUGACGAAGGAGCUGGGCCAGGGUGCCUAUGGCAUUGUCUGCGCCGCGACGAAUUCCCAGACCGGAGAGGGUGUUGCGAUCAAGAAGGUCACCAAUGUUUUCAGCAAGAAGAUCUUGGCGAAGCGCGCUCUGCGGGAGAUAAAGCUGCUACAGCAUUUCAGAGGACAUCGUAAUAUUACUUGUCUCUAUGAUAUGGAUAUCCCCCGACCAGACAACUUCAACGAGACGUAUCUCUACGAGGAACUUAUGGAGUGCGAUCUCGCUGCAAUCAUCCGCUCCGGACAACCUCUCACCGACGCACAUUUCCAAUCAUUCAUCUACCAGAUUCUCUGUGGACUAAAAUAUAUCCACUCGGCCAAUGUCCUCCAUCGUGACUUGAAGCCUGGCAAUCUACUCGUCAAUGCCGAUUGCGAGUUGAAGAUUUGUGAUUUUGGGCUGGCCAGAGGCUUCUCGGUUGAUCCCGAGGAGAAUGCCGGAUAUAUGACCGAGUAUGUGGCGACGAGAUGGUACAGAGCUCCAGAAAUCAUGUUGAGCUUCCAGAGCUACACCAAAGCUAUCGACGUAUGGUCGGUAGGCUGCAUCCUCGCAGAACUCCUCGGCGGGCGCCCGUUCUUCAAGGGCCGCGAUUAUGUCGACCAGCUCAACCAGAUCCUUCAUAUUCUCGGGACACCGAACGAGGAGACACUCUCUCGUAUCGGGUCCCCACGAGCCCAAGAAUACGUCCGAAACCUCCCCUUCAUGCCAAAACGAGUCUUCCCCAGCCUCUUCCCCAACGCCAACCCCGACGCCCUUGACCUCCUAAACCACAUGCUCGCCUUCGACCCCUCAUCGCGGAUCUCCGUCGAGGAAGCCCUGGAGCACCCAUACCUGCACAUCUGGCACGAUGCCUCAGAUGAGCCCGGCUGCCCCACAACCUUCAACUUCGACUUCGAAGUCGUCGAGGACGUUGGAGAAAUGCGAAAAAUGAUCUUGGACGAGGUAGCACGAUUCAGGCAGCACGUCCGCAUCCAGCCGGGACAGCAAGGCCAGUCCCAAGGUCCCGCCGUACCCAUUCCCCAAGGCGGCCCUGCUGCUUGGGGCGCUGAGGACCCCAGACCACAAGAGGCGUAUGCACAAGGCGCUACGGGCUUGGAGCAGGAUCUGCAAGGUUUGGAUGCGAUGCAUGCAUAG